AGAAAUCGACAUCAAUCAGCCACAAGUGAAACAAAAUGGCGUCUUCUUCUGAAAUCUUAACGAUGAAAUUGGAGACUGAGUGGUUUAAUUGAGUGCCAUGUCACUCUUCAAAGACUCAGAUGACCUACCUAUAAAACUGAACUUGGAUGAACUAAAAGAGGAACUGUCAAAAAAUGGAGUGGUUUUAUGUCCUGUUGAAGGCUGUGAUCAUGACUUCAAGUCUCUGUGGGGUCUCAAAUACCACAUUAGACAAGCCAACCACGAAGAGGUCGCCUCAGAGAGAAAGUUUAAGUGUGAGCAAUGCAAUCAAAUCUUUCAGUCUCGAGUUACCCUGCGUGAACACAGAGCAUUAGAUCAUCAUUCAGGGAACCAGGGUGGAAGUCUACAAACAAGUCCCAAAACUUUCAAGGAAAUGAAAGGAAAUGCCACCUCAUCAGAAGGAACCGUAAAGAAGAAAAGAGGUAGGCCGAGGAAAAAUACAGAUACAUCAGCCAAGAGCAAUAACAGUGCAACUUCUGAUUUGACAGAGAGAAAGAGGGUGGCUGGUGAAAUAUCAUCUCCAUCAGUUGAAAUACCCAAGAAAACGGAAAAUUCUGAUGGCACUGAAAGAAGAACUUCCACCAGAGUGCGCACUCCGAGAAAAGACAUUUUUGUUUAUGAGGAGGAAGAUACAACAGAAAGUAAAAGAGGAAACAAGCAAUUAAAAAGAAAAGAAAACAGUGAAACUGGUGUUUCAGAUCAUAAACCCAAAAAGAGAGGAAGAAAACCAAAAAGUUUAGUAGUGGAAAAUGUUACUGAAGGCUGUAAUAUUCUCGUUGUAUCUGGUAAAAAACGUGGUAGGAAGCGCAAAGGUGAUACUGCCAGCUGUGAAUUUGAUGAUGGUGAUGGAGAUAUUAAAGUGGAAAGUGGUGCUGGUAGUGUUAGUGGUGGAGAGGACAGUGUGCAUAAAAGUGAUGUUGCUAGUGAAGUUGAGAUUGUAGUUGAGAAUGGUGACAAUAUUAAUGAUGAUGAUGAUGUUGAUGAUAGUGUUGACCAUAACAAUGAUGAUGAUGGGGAUGGUGACAAUGUUGAUGAUGACUUUGAAAAUGGUGAAAAAAGUAGAAAAAAGAAGCCUACACGUGUCAAAACAGCAGUUAACAGAAAGGCUGUUGCAAAGCCAGGAAAAAGGGGCAGAUCAUCAAAGAAGGGAGUGACCGAGAUCACACAACUGAAAAGACUAAUGAAAUCAGGACAGUCCUUAAUUUGCACAAACCAAGGUUGCAGAGCAAAGUUCACAACUGCCCUGGGAUACCAAUGUCACAUGAAAAUAUGUGGAAUAAAAGAGGAGGAAAGAGAAAAGUUUCCUUGUGAGAUUUGUGGAAAACAAUACAUGUCCUACCCAGGGCUGACAUAUCAUUUGAAGUCAAAACACUCUCAGAGUGAACCUAUCAACUGUGAUCAUUCAGAAGUUAAAGAUGAGGGCUAUAUCUAAGGUGCAACAAAUAACAACAGACCAAGAACUUGAAGAAAUCAAACUGGCCAAGAACACAGAAAAGGGAGCUCUCAGCCAGCUGAUUUCCAAAAUUAAAGGAAGGGUUGUUUCAAAGGAGCAAGAGAACCAGUGGACUGAAAUGCUGAAAACAGAGUCAGAUAUAGUUUGUCCUGGCGUGGGAUGUUCAGAGACGUUUGAGUCGGUGUCCAGCCUCAGAGAACAUUUGCAAUACUGCGAGAAAGCGAUCUCUUACAAGUGUCUAGCGUGUGGCAAGAGGUAUCUUUCCUUACUGAUUAUCCAGAACCACGUCAGGCGUCUUCAUGUUGGAUAUAUGCCGAAGGGGAUGGAAAAGUCCGACAGCAGUGAUGUGGAUUUUAAAGUCGUCAGUUCAGGGGAGAGCGAAGAUGACAGCGAUGAUGUAGAGAUUGAAGAGAUCGAAGAAAGUGGUAGCGAUCUGAAUGACGACGCGGAGGAUGCAGAAGAAAUUUUUGUUUGGGAUGACAAGAGAACAAAGUUCACGAAACCAAGAAAAAAGAGAAAACAGCCUGCAAGAGCGUCUGGCGAGAAUGUGGGAUUUGGACCCAUUGGGGCAAAGGACUCGGAGAGUUACAUAACAACAGAUAGCUGGCGCAAGCAAGAGUACACAGACAGGGACCUGUUCCCAAACUUGAGACCCUCCACCUCAUACUGGCGUAAAGUUGAAAUCAGUGAAGUCGACCAGUAUUUACCUGAAGCGACGACAUCACCACCAUUUCAGAUAAGAAGAAAAGGGGACAGUCAGUGCUUAGAGGAAAGCAUAGAACUACCAUUGUUUGGGAGUACAUCUAAAGAUCAUAGUCCUAUCCAUGGCGACGUGACCUUUAAUGUUGGUGGCCCAGUCUGGGCAAUGGAUUGGUGCCCAGUCCCAGACUCUACCAAGAAUUCAGAACAGUUUCUGGCAAUUAGCACUCAUAGAUCUUUGGACGAGGUUCACAAGGUUCACAAAUGCUUUUCAAGUAAAGGACUUAUUCAACUUUGGAAUGCUGGCCAAUUAAAAGUAAACUCGGCCAGUUCAGGGUCGAAACCAACCUUGUCACUCGGCAUAGCGCACGACUUUGGUGCCAUAUGGGACAUCAGCUGGUGUCCAUCUGGAACAUGGGAACCUUCCUCCUCUUAUACGAAUCAAAAAGAGUGUCUGUCACGUCUCGGUGUUAUAGCUGUGGCAUGUAGCGAUGGCCUGGUUCGUAUUCUAAGCAUUCCUUGGCCCUCUGAGUUGAAAUCUGUCGAAGAGGUGAAGGACUCAGAGAGCAAUUUUAAGACAGUAAUAUUUCGUCUCAUUCCCCAUGCUCUUUUGAUCCCAUGUUCCUUGGGUGUGGCUUACAAUGGAGAGAGUGGUCAGGCUUGGUGUGCAAAAUGGUUUCCAUGUGCCAUGCACGAGAAGAUAGCGGCUGGCUUUUCAGAUGGAUCGGUGGCAAUCUGGAAUCUUUUGACCGAAUCGCCGUUGCUUAAGGAAACCGACAAUGAUGGGAAAGCAUUUCGUCUGGCUCCUUUCCUUCAUAUUCCAGCGAAUUCAUCAGUGAUCAAAGAUCUGGCUUGGUGCCACGAAUGUCCUGACUACCUUGUUACAGGGGGUUAUGAUCGAAUGUAUAAAGUGUGGAAUCUUAGGUCUCCCUUAAUACCGGUAGCUGUCAUAAAACGAGGUAUACCGCAUGAGAUUCAUUGGCCGUACGGGUUUGCUAAUGUCAUAAGCUGUGAAGACGAUGCAUUUCAGACUUUGACGCACCCGUGUGUUGCGAGAUAUUUCACAUUUCAAACCAACAAAGACGAGAGAUUGACCAGCCUCGUGUCCACACAUAACUGUACAAUCUGGAGUAUAUCAAUGUCUGAGUGGUCAAACAUCUUAGCCUGCGGAGAUGCUGCCGGUGAAGUUGUAGCUGUCCAUGUGUUACCCAAGAAAAAGAAAACCUUUACUAGAUUUGCCGUCUACAGGGCGUUUUUGGAACAAAUUGCUGGCAAUACUUCAUCUAGUGAACAAAAUAAGGAAGACGUUUAUCAGGGUGAACAGACAAACGCUGACUCAUUUCGGAAAACUCAAACGGAUGGUUGUUCUACCAGGAACAAUGGUUCAAGUAUUGACCGGACGAUGAAAGAAAUCAGUGCCUCUGCAGACGAAUCUUCAACGAACGCGUCAACUUCGAAAUCAGGCUCAGACGAGAUGAUGAAAACCACUAAUAAGUCUGAGAAAACAGAUAGUGACGCUGCCGGAAAAAAGGGAAUACCCACUCCACCAAAGACUUUAGGAGAAGUGUUUGAGAAACACAGACUUGUGUUUUAUGAUGUUAAUGCAUUGGAGUUUAAGGACAGAGUCAACAAAUCAGAUCCAGAUUUCAAACGCCUUCUGUCUCCAAGCACCAUGCAAACCAUUCCGUAUGAUCAAUUUGCCAAUCCUCAAGCGAUACAGAAGGUCCGUUUUAAUCCCAGUAAACAAUCCUACAUGUGGCUCGCCUCAGGUUCCGCCUCGGGUCUGGCAAGACUCCAUUUAGUCAAGCAGGUCACCACGUGACAUUGCACGCGUGGGCACGUGCUGGCUCCCUAGAUUACAUAGGAUGCUGAGAGUUAUGGAGAUUUGACAAGGCAAAGUCUCACUUCAAAUCGGCAUCAUGACCACGCUUAUGAUCAUGUCAGAAAUGCGCCAGGAGUUUUCCAGGAGACGAUAAAGCUAAGAGACUUGAUCCCCUUUCAGGCUUUAUUCACUUGGCAAUCUAUCUCCAGUUAUUCAGCUAUAUUUCACCCUCGUUUUCAGAUCAGACAAUUGUAUUUUGCGAAUUUUGCUCAUGUAGACAGACAGCCCAAGUGGCGUCCAUUCGUUCUCCUCACUCCUAAUUUAUUGGGACCUUAAGCAGUUGGGACGACGACGCUAAUAAAAAGGUCGGUUUAAAAAAUGAA